AGGGGGUGCUGCUGUUAUUUUUGUACGUUGCUAGACGAUAGCACAGCGAUGUUCCAGUGAACGUAGCCUAAUCACCUGGAUCAUGAAAACCCGUUUCUCUGUCCAUAUCAAAAGAUAUUUGGUGUAUCGAUGGCUUUUUUGUGGAGUAUGCUUUCAGUGUGUUUUUCCUAAAGACCCACCUAAUCCCAGAUUGACACUCGAUCAAGGUGAUAAGCGACUGUCAUACGACAGAAAUUGCAGCCAUACAGUUUUAUUUCAAGAGUCAAAUCAUUUGUUUAUUGGAGGAAUAAACCAUGUACUACAGGUUGAUGUGGACAGUGGUCAAAAAAUACUAAAGAACUUUACCCUGAGUUCAGAAAUUUGUGCUGAGAAAUCCUGUGAGAAUGUCGUCACAGUUAUUGAGCAAUUUCAAAAUUGCACAUUCGUGUGUGGAACAAACGGAGAAAACCCAAGGUGUUGGAAACUGUAUCCUGGAGAAAAUUAUACUCUGACAAUGGAAGGGACUGGGAUCUCACCUCACACAUGCACGCAAAACUCCUUAUCGCUGGUUGCAGAUGGAGAUCUCUAUGCUGCAGCUCCUCUGUAUAGUGAUGGGACUCUUCUGCAGUUUCGCAGAAAGAUUGGAAACCGAAUCAGUUUAUGGAUGCAUGAUCAGUGGCUCUCAGAACCCACUUUCAUUUCCUGUUUUUUGGCCAAACGCAACGACGAUACCAUGAAUGAGAAGAUUUACGUCUUGUUUCGUGAGAAAAACUCAGACACCAGUCCAGAAGCAGAUCCUUGGAUAUCAAGGGUGGCUCGAGUGUGUAAGGUCGAUGAAGGUGGACCUAAGCAGUAUCUGCAGAACAUUUGGACCUCGUUCCUAAAAGCGCGGCUUGUUUGUGGGAUUCCUAAUGAGUCGCUGUACUUCAACCGUCUGCAGGACGUUUUUGUCCUGCAUGCUGAGAACUGGAGAGAGUCGCGGGUGUAUGCCCUCUUCUCUAGUAGCUGGAACUUUACGGCUGUCUGCAUAUAUUCGUUGAAAGCUCUUGAUGGUGUCUUUGAGAGAUCAUCGUUUAAAGAUUAUAAUAAGGAAAUUCCCACCCCAAGACCAGGAACGUGUGUACAAAACAGCAAAUCUCUUCCAAUUCCUACCCUUCAAGUCAUUAAAGACUACCCAGAGAUGAAUGACUGGAUUCAUCCUAUCCACAAAGACACACCUUUCUUCACAAGCACCGACAGCUAUACGAAGAUAGCGGUUGACAGAGUCAACGCUUCUGAUGGACACGUACACAAUGUGCUCUUGCUGGCCACAGACAAAGGCACGAUCCUCAAAGUCCUGGAGGAUGACUCCAAAGCCUUCAUCAUCUCAGAAACACAUCUGACCAGUGGCUCAGCACCCAUACAGUCUAUGAAACUUGACUCUGAAAGGAAAAAGCUGUUUGUAGGAUAUCCCGAUCAGAUGGCUGUGUUUGACCUGCAAAGAUGUCAGGACUACAAUGCAUCCUGUGGGGAUUGUGUCCUUGCACGUGAUCCCUACUGCGCUUGGACCGAACACGGCUGCAUGUCGCAAACAAAAGGAAUACAAAAUAUUGCUAAUGGAAGCACAAGUGAAUGCAGCAGAAGUCUAGGAAGAAUCAAACGAGACCUGCGCUCACCGUCACUCGUUUCUUUAAGAAUUCAACACACUGUGCCCACUGAUGUUCCCUUUUACCUCUCCUGCCCUGUCGAGUCCCAUCAUGCAACUUACAGGUGGAAACAUAAAGAAAAGAACAGCACAUGCCAGAAGACCCAAUCAGAAUGCCUUUUUCUCAUACCAGCAAUGACAAAAGACGACUAUGGCAAUUACACAUGCGUGUCCCACGAACGCGAUUACACCAAAAUUGUAAAGGAAUAUAAGCUGAUUCCUGAGCCUGUUUUAAGCACUGCUGUACAGCGUAGAGCUCAAGAAUGGAUAUCGAUAUUUGUUACCGUUGUCUUUUAUCUUUGCUGCCUUUAAGGUCAAGGAUUAGAAAUGCCACUCCCUUCCUUCUAAUGCAUUUCUGAUAUAAGCUAACUAAUACUAUCAUUAAUGCACUGCUAGAUGCAAGCCGCUAUAAAGUGUGUACGCCUCUUUCAGACCACCAUUGGCUCUCGCUGUGUGCCGCCUGUCUCUUUCAAUAGCCGUGUUUGCAUUACAGUGCCACAAGCAGGCAUGCCAAGGCCGGUCGCGUUUGCACAGUCAACUUCUUUGGGCCUCGCCGGGGGCAAAGGUCAAGUUUUCUUGCCUGCCAAGUACCUUGGGCCAGAGCUGGCCUGUCGGGGCUAGAGGAGGGAAAAAGGUGUCUUGGAAGAUGCGCGUUUCAACUUUAUCUGUCAAUAAAUAAACUGCAGAUUCAAAACUUUUAAAAAUCUGUAUCACCAGUACUUAUCCACAGAAGAUAUUUGCUAUGUUCUACAUUUGGACUGAAGAGAAUGAUCAGCAUCUGUAAAAACAAAGACGCGUUAAAAUACAGCGCCGAACUUAUGUACUGAAUUAAACUGAACAUAUUAACAUAGAAUAACGCACUCUCUGCGCCUGAGUGGGAACAGUUUGAGUCAGAAACGGAGAUGGCAGGCCAGAGCUUGACAUUUUUUAGAUGGAAAUAUGCGAUUUCUGAAUGCAGAACUUCUCAGUCAUAAAAACACAUGCAAGGCCUGAAAG